AUGGCGCUGCCCCGAUGCCCGAAGGUGUCCACGAAUUUGGACAGUAUUGACACAGGAGUCAGUACUAAAGCCAAGAGCCAUGUGACCACCCGACGGGCAGUUUUGAAAGAAAUUGGAAAUAAAGUUACAACCAAAGGCACACAAAAAGCUCAAAACAUUAAAGUCCCUGUUCAAACCUCCAAAGCAACACAUGUCAGCAAGCAAGUGAAGCCCACAGCCUCUGUGAGACCAGUCCAGAUGGAGAAGCUGGUUCCAAAGGACCCCUCCACUACUGAAGAUAUCUCCAUGAAGGAAGAGACUUUCUGCCAGGCCUUCUCCGACGCUCUACUCUGCAAGAUUGAGGACAUAGACUCUGAGGACAAUGAGAACCCGCAGCUCUGCAGCGACUACGUAAAGGACAUCUACCAGUACCUGCGACAGUUGGAGGUUGUGCAGUGCAUCAGCCCACAUUUCUUAGAUGGCAGAGACAUCAAUGGGCGCAUGCGUGCCAUCCUGGUAGACUGGCUGGUGCAGGUGCACGCCAAGUUCCGGCUUCUGCAGGAGACGCUCUACAUGUGUGUCGCCAUCAUGGAUCGCUUUCUUCAGGUACAGCCCGUCUGUCGAAAGAAGCUCCAGCUGGUUGGGAUCACAGCACUGCUCUUGGCCUCCAAGUAUGAAGAGAUGUUUUCUCCCCAUAUUGAGGACUUUGUCUACAUCACAGACAAUGCGUACACCAGCUCCCAGAUCCGAGAAAUGGAAACUAUGAUUCUGAAAGAGCUGAAAUUCGAGUUGGGUCGACCUUUGCCACUCCAUUUCCUGAGGCGGGCAUCAAAAGCUGGAGAGGUGGAUGUUCAGCAGCACACUUUGGCCAAAUACCUGAUGGAGUUGACACUCACAGACUACGACAUGGUGCACUAUUACCCGUCCAAGGUGGCAGCGGCUGCUUCCUGCCUGUCCCAAAAGGUUCUAGGCCAAGGAAAAUGGAAUGUGAAGCAGCGGCAUUAUACGGGCUACUCUGAGAACGAGGUACUGGACGUUAUGCAGCAUAUGGCCAAGAAUGUCAAGAAAGUUAAUGAGAACCUCACCAAGUUCCUCGCCAUCAAGAAUAAGUAUGCGAGCAGCAAGCUCCUGAAGAUUAGCACAAUUGCUCAGCUGAACUCAAAAACCAUCCAAGAACUCGCUUCCCCCCUUAUGGGCCACCCCUAAGCCACACUUGUCUGUCCUUGGCCUAUCUGUAACUAUUGAUUCUGUAUAUAAUCUGCUGGUCCUAUCUCAUACCUGCUUUCUAAAUGUCUCCUAUGGAAAAUAAAGCUAUUAAUUUUUCUUAA